GUUGGAUCAAGGGUCGGGCGAUCUUCUUUUCCGAGCGAUCCUGUUCUCAACACAAUGAAGCAAUUCCUCCAAGCAAUCCUGCUUGGCGUCUUCUCUGAUGCCUUCAAGUUUGGGACUGAGCCAGUCGAGGUUCCUGUGGAAGUGGAGAUGGAAGUGGAGAGUUUGAACCUCAGCCUGGCGAACACCCGAUUUGACUUGGCCCUGGCGUUGCCUGUGGUCCUCGUGAACUUGUCGAACUACACAGGGCUUAUCAUGCACCACAACGAAGCCGUCACCAGCGAUGUCACACACAGCUUUGGCGACCUGCUGGCUGAUCUCGAACUGCUCUAUGACAAAGUGGAUGGCUUCUACACCAUUUUGCACCAGCACAUGGGAACGGAUGGCCCCCUCUAUUGCCCCAAACGCCAUGCGGGCACCAUCAGGGAGUGCAUCUCAGUCGCAAUGUGUUUGCUGCAAUCGGCCGUGCCUGUGCAUGUGCCGCUCUACGUCUAUGCCUCCUACAUGGAGCAGGUGGCACGUUUCGACGACCUCACUGCUACUUUGCUACAGAUGUCUCUGAUGCAGGAGGAGACUUCGACGGCAAUGAAUGAGCCAGUCAUGGACAUCCCAGAGGAGUACAAGUGCAGCAGUGACGAAGAUGUCGACUUGUCCUUGCUUCAGUCGAAUCAGAAGACCUCGACCAUGGCCACUUCGGUGGCUUUCAGAAAGGCAUUGACUUCUUCUCAUCGCAUCUUGAAUGAACAUGAAUUGAAUAGCUCAAUGGUGCACACACAGCAACAACUGGAAAGUGCAUGGCAACCAGUUUGUCACACGAUGGGUUGUGACCACACACGUUUCUGGGAUGUCUACUUCGGCUCUCAUGAGCACAGCAUGUCCCUUUUGGAUUCAAGCCUUCCUCGCACAACCGUCCUGACAGCUUUGAAAGCUGAAGUGACUUCUCGUGUGCAGCUGGAGAACAAGAUGCAACGCUUUGUGAGACUUCAUCAGUCGGCUUUCUUCGGUUUCUUUAACGGACACCAAAAGGUCUCUGAACAGAGCUUCCAUUGGUAUCACAAUCGAAACAAGAAGGCAACACAUGGUUUCGUAGCUUCUGCAAUGAGGUCCGUGGCCCAAUUGGAUGCUGCCCAUGCCAUGAGCAUCCUUGGCACCGAGCUGUUUGUGAAGUAUGCCCAAUCACUUGAGGUCUCAGAUGUCCUGAGCGGCCGCCGCCGCCGUCGCCGCCGAAAGAACAUCGGCAAAUGGGCCAAGAAGAAGGUGGAUAAAGCAAAAAACCUGGCCAAGAAGUAUGGUCAGGCAGCGGUGGAUGUCGUGAAGAAUAUGGAUGCAGGUGUUCCGGCAGAGGUGUGGAACAAGAUCCCUGGCCCUGUCAAGGACAAUUUGGAAAAAUAUGCCGCAAAGGCAUGGGAUGCAGUUCCUGAGGAGCUCGUCAAUAUCAUCAUGUCAUUGCUCCGUUGCUUCGGAUCAACGAACGUGUUCGGGGGUGCUGGCUAUUCUGUGAGCUCAGGACCCGUUUCUGGGAGCAUCGGUUUGUCCACUGGAGCCUCCUGGGUGAACAAGAUGGGCUGGAAAGACCUUAUCGGAAUGGAUCCUGCAAAGGUUGCCCAAGCAUUUGCUGGUAAGCCAAUGCCCGAUGAUACCUUCGUGAUCCCGUUCAAAGCUCUGAUUCAAGGAAAACAUUUUCCCUCUGUUUGGCUAUCCCUCUUCAUCAGCCUGACCAUCGGCCCCUCUAGUGGCAAAGGCGCUGGUGUGUGGGGUGGAGUGAGCUUCGCUGCAAGCAUCUCUUGUGGUGUCAGUACCAAAACCAUGGAUUCAAACUCUGGUGACUCUGAUCUUACCGAGAAUUCCCUGUUCAAGCCAGACGAGUACGGCUCCUGUUCCGGGACUCUUUCGGCCAGCGUUUCAAGCACUGGAUGGGUGUCUUUGAAAAACAUGAAACAAAAGAUCCCUCCUUGCCCUGCUGGAGGAAAGUUGGGAGAGCAUGCCACAUGCAGUGCCUAUGCUGGUGCCAGUUUGACAGUCAUGUGCUGCUGGAUGGAUUUCAUCACUUUGUCCAACAAUUGCCGCUGAGUGGACUUCACUCAGACUUCACGGCCAUGGCUGCAAGUUGACGGGAGCAGUCCAGACAUCACAUUCAGAGAAGACCUUUUCUGCACUCAUUUUUAGUAACACAUGCGCUGUGUCCUUUCCAUUUUUACGCAGGGUCCAACGCGGACGCUGUGAUGGAUGGACCGAUCAUUGCUUGAAGAUGCUGCUCAAA